AUGACCCAUCAGAUUAAUUCAGAGCCUCAACAGGAGCUCCUACACAAAAAGGGGUCAAGUUGGAGCAACGGUGAUGAUUUUCCCCGAAUCGACCAUUCUAAACCCAAAUUUAAACAGAUCUCCGAACUUUUCAUCCAGUUCUGUGAAAAUACAUCACUUCGUGGGGUGCCCCGAAUUGUUCACGCAUCCGACAGACGCAAACGUCUCCUAUGGUCCAAUUUUGUCUUCUUAUUCUUCAUCGGCUGCAUAGCUUGCCUGAUUUUGAUUACCAAACAGUAUCUACAGUAUGACGUCAUCCACCAACCCAAAACCAUCUUUGAUGCUCCCAGAGCUUUUCCUUCUUUGACAAUUUGUAAUCUCAGACCUUUCAGAUCUUCAGAUGUUGAUCGUCUGAUUAGCAGGGGAGCUGUUCCCGUAGAAACAUACUUCGGCGCAAUUUUAAAUGUUGCUCGUCAUUUGGAUAAAAAUUAUGCCAGUCAAUUUACAAACCUCCUUUCACUUGAAUCCUAUCUCCUUAACCUACCUGAAGGCAUGGACCCAAAUGAUCUUGGCCAUCAUUUGGAGCAAUUGGUGAGAACAUGUACAGUACUCUAUCAAAACGGAACUUCAACACGCGGAACAAAUUGCGAUAGAGCUGGGCGAUGGAUCAAGACAAUGUACAGAAUUUACCACAACUGUUACACUUUUGAGUUGGACGACCGAUUUAAGACCUCCACUAUUAGUAUUGAAAUGGUUCUUUAUCUCGACAAUAUUGUUGAACACACCAGUUGCUUCGACUGUCAGGACCGUAUUCGAGGUAGUCAGUUAACCGGAGCCCGCUUACUCCUUAAUCCAGCCUCUAGUUACCCUCGAAUAAUAGAGGAGGGAAUUAAUCUAAUGCCAGGGACUCUAACUGACAUCCACUUCACAGUUCACGAGUGGUCAAUGAUGACACCACCCUACGGAAGAUGCAGCCACGAGGCACCAGAAGAAAUCUGUUUCGCCGGACAGAAUUACACCUACACGGAAAAAGCGUGUCAUCAAGACGUUCUCCAGGAAAUGUGCGCCGAGCAGUGCGGUUGCCUGCUCUACGACAUGCCAGUUCCUUGUCAUCUCAUCAAUGCUUCUCUGCCCUAUUGUCAGUACUUUGAACUUCCAGUUGUGAAUAUUAGCUCACGCAAAGGGGAGGAGAUUAGAGGGCAAUAUUUUAGUGAGGAGGCGGUGAGAAGCUUUGUCAAUCGAAUGAAUUGCUCCAGCACCAUCAGAAGAAAUACUCUCACCAGUGAGACCGGUUGUCAAGUGCCGUGUACUCGCUACACGUAUGAGACGCAGAUUUCCACAGCUCAGUGGCCCACCAAGCAAUUCAUUACAAAUUUUGCCACCAUGGUAAGAAUGCAUUAA